AUGCCUUACUCCCUUCAGGGUCGGAACGUCCUGGUCAUCGGUGGAUCCCGAGGUCUAGGUGCCAUUGUCGCCGCGAAAUUUGCCGCCGAGGGUAGCAAUAUCGCAAUCAAUUACAUGUCGAGCAAGGAAACCGCUGAGAAAGUGGCAACGGAUAUUGCAAGCAAAUAUAACGUGAAGACGGUCGUGAUCCAGGGUGACGCUGGAAAGCAGUCCGAAGCUACAAAUACGGUUAAAACGGCCAUUGAACAACUGGGAGGUCUGGAUGUUGUGAUUUCGAAUGCGGGAUGGACAAAGAUGACCAAUUUCGCGGAUCUGGACGCUAUGGAUGAUGAUGACUGGGAUAAAUGCUGGAACAUCAAUGUCAAGAGUGGCCUCUAUCUGUUCAAGGCUGCCAAAUCGACCUUGGAUGCUAACCCCGAGGGCGGAGCAUUCAUUAUGACUGCCUCGACUGCGGGUCUUGUUCCUAGUGGCAGCAGCGUGCCAUAUGCCGUCACAAAGGCGGCUUUGAUUCACCUUAUGAAGUGCCUUGCGCAGUCCCAGGGCUCUAAGAUUCGUGUCAACGCCGUGUGCCCUGGUCUCAUGCUCACCGAAUGGGGUCAGCAGUUUAGUCAGGAGAAGAUUGAUGCUAUGACAGAUAAAAUGACACUGAAGAAGCUGCCCGAAGUAGAGGAUGCCGCGGAUAUGUUCUUGUCGAUUGCAAAGAAUUCAUCCAUGACUGGAGCAGCAGUCCAAAUUGAUUCCGGUUUCGCGAUCCGAUAA